AUAGGCUUUCCCCUCCAACGUUGCUAGAAAACUUCGGCAUUUGAUCUCUUUGGGGUAGGCGUACAUAACCACAUUUGCCCCAAAGCGAGCGAGAUGGUCUUGGGGAUCGGUCGUCCCAUUGUAUGCCUUGAUCUGUGGGGUCUUGAAGUUGUCCGGGAGAGGACAAGACAUCACCCUCUUGGAGAAGGCGGUUACCUCACUGAAGACCGCCUGGCGCUGAUCGAAGGUAGAUGCCCGCUCGAAGGAGGACGACUCAUCCUCCUCGUCCAACCUGGACAGAUCGUCCUCCACCACAGCCUUGCCAUUAGGCUUGGUCUCCUUCUUCUUCUAGGAUCGCCUGAUCUUCUUCUUCUAUUUCCCCUCGGAGCCUGCUGGUCCAGCCUUCCCUCCAGCUGGUCGCCCGAUUGCAUCCUCCACCACAACCUCGUGGUUUGGAACCUGGACUGCCAUCACCACCCUGAGUUGUUCAGCGGUGAUCCCAACCCGCUGAAUGAGGGCCUCCACCUCCGUCACGUUGAUGGGAGGAUGACGACCUCUGCUGGCACUAGUUUUGCCUUGAAGGGGAUUUCCGGUGAGAAGGCUGCGAGUGAAAGCACUCCUGCCAUCCCAUUGAUGAUGUCGAGCAUGGGGACGACCUUUGCUCCGAUCACCAUUGUAGGAUCGAUUGGCAUGAUCCCAAUCAUGUCAACCCCUACUCCUACGCCGACGACAACAAUGUUCCCAGGCUCAAUAACAACGCCUGGUGGAGCAUUCACACCAUACCCGUCAGCUUGGGCUCAGUUUGCUGCUGACCCGGCAAAUGCUCAGGCUCUACAGGGCUAUCAACAGGUGAUGGACAUGAUGCAACAGGCAGGGGGCUUCAUGCCAUUUGCCUAUCCCGGCAUGACGCCACAAAUCAUGCCACCUCCGGUGUCGACCCCGUCGACAUUUGUCCCUAGGAUGGUCCCAAUACAUCCGGUGAAUUUGACGGGGACUAUGAAUGAAGCAGCGCCCUCAAAUGUCCAUGAAAUCAAUGAGGCGGAGCAGGAGGCGGCCCGCAAGAGGAAGGGUAAGGCUAUAACCAAACCCAGCAAGACUCGAGAUUCGGUGUUCAAACGCCUAGGGGACAAAGAGGAUGGACCCCGUAAGUCUGCCAAGCUACGUCUUGGUCCUGAAAUGGGCCGGACUAGCGCAAUGGAAAGACUUGGCGGGAGUCGUCACGCCCAAUCUCGUCAUUCUAGGGAAUCUGAGACGAUUCACCAAGAUGAGGAGGAAGCAGAAAGCCAGCCGAGGGCGUCGGCAUAUACAAGGCGUUCAUACGAUGAAGAUGACCUGGACAAGAUAGGGAGCGUAGCAAGGAAACUACGUGCCCUGGAGGAAAAGGUGGAAGAGAAGGCGGGAGCGAAAAAGCACACCUUGGCUAAAUCUCCCUUUUCGGCCAGGGUACAUGCGCAGAGGUUGAGGCGGAAGAUUAAGCUGGACGUGGAGAAAUUGACAGGAAAGGAGGAUCCAAACGUCCACCUUGCCACCUUCCACAAUGCAGCACAGAUGGCCGGGUGCACUGAUGCUGAGGAAUGCCUACUCUUCUUCUUAUCCUUUAGAGGGAGGCCAGUGGAAUGGUUUAACGGCCUUCCCCAUGGCAGGAUCAGGUCCUUUGAGAAACUUGCCGAAGUUUUCCGCAAAAAGUACCACGACAAUUGCAUCAAGAGGAAGAAGUUCACCUACCUUAACACGGUAGGGCAGAAGAAGAAGGAGUCCUUGACUCAAUUCUUGACCCGUUGGAGGGAUGAGGUCGACAAGGUAGAAGAGAUGGACGACAAGACGGCCAUGUCUUUGCUGAUGAAUGCCUUCCGGUCGGGUGACCUCUACACCGAAUUCUGUAGGAGGCCACCCUCCUCUUACCAAGAAGCCUACAAUACGGCAUGGGAGUAUGCCGACGCGGAGGUCUUGAAUAAGAGCAAGCGGGAAUUGGAGGAAGGAUAUACAAAGGUGAAAUCCGACAAGCUGAAGAAGGACGACCAGAUGGUAGGGUCCAAGCCAAAGGCCACAUAUGACGGAUCUGUCCAUCAAAUAAGGGAUGAGAAGAAGGGAGAACAACCCAAGAGGCCUUGGACGGAGAAGUGGUGUACCUACCACCAAUCUAACUCCAACAAUACGGUGGAUUGCCGAAAUGUCAAGGCUGUACUCAAGGAGAUGGCCUUGAAAGGAGAGCUUGGGGAAGGUUACGCGACGGGGAAUAAGGACCCGAAAGCGAACACCUGGACCCGUCCUCAGGGAAAAGACCAGGGAAGGAGAAAAUCCGGGAAGGAUAACAACAAUCCGGAUAAAGAAUUCAUAGAGAUGAUUGUCGGCGGCCCAGAAGGCUUCACUGGAGCUAGCAUAGGAGCGGAAGGUCAGAUAACCUUACCGGUUACCUUGGGGUCAGGUAACAGGACAGUGACCAAACAAAUGAGAUUUGUUGUGGUCGACAUCAAAUGUGUGCAUAAUGCCAUUUUGGGUAGGCCUGGAAUCAACCAGGUCAGGGCUAUUAUUUCCAUGGCACACUUAUGCAUGAAGUUUUACACUCCCAAUGGAAUCGGGGAGGAAAGGGGUUAUCAAAAGAACGCCCGGUCCUGCUACCUGGAGGCAGUCAAGAAGAUGACCCGCCAGUUCGAACAAAUUGAACUGGUCUCCCAGCAGGUAGACAAGGGUGAGCAGAAGGCUAGGAUCGAGCCAGAUGCAAACACAGAAGAGAUCCAGAUUGAUGCUUCCAAUCCUGAAAGGAAGGUCAAAAUUGGGGCUGAUCUUCACGAAGAUCUAAGGACUGAGAUUGUCCAGGUGUUGACCAGGUAUAAAUCAUUAUUUGCCUGGAGUGUUGCUGAUAUGCCCGGGAUUGACCGGUCAGUCAUUUGCCAUCGUCUCUCUGUUCUUGAGGGGUCUAGGCCUGUAAGACAGAAGAAGAGAUUCUUAGCAAGUGAUAGGAGGGACUUUGUGAAGAAAGAGGUCAAGGACCUACUUGAGGGGCAGGCUGUGGCCGACUUUCUUGUGAAGAUGACGGGUCACCAGGAGGAGGAACCGGCAAGGGCGAUCACAGAGCCUUGGUGGUCCAUGUCAGUAGAUGGAGCCGCUGGACCCAAAGGUUACGGAGGAGGUGUGGUAUUCAAAACUCCGGAAGGGUUCAAGGUAUAUCAUGCCUUGAUCUUUAACUUCAAACUCACAAAUAAUGAGGCGGAGUAUGAGGCAUUGAUAGGGGGCCUGAGAUUGGCCAAAACCCUACAAAUCACAUGCCUCAGGAUUAAGUCCGAUUCAAGCUUGGUGGUAGGCCACAUAAAUGGCAACAUGGAGGCCAAAGGAGAGAAGAUGCAGAAGUACAGAGAUUUGGCAAGGGCCUUAUUGAAGGACAUGACUGAGUAUGUGAUGGAGCAAAUCCCUAGGGGGGAAAACACCGAUGCUGAUUUGCUAUCAAAAUUGACGCAAGCAGCCCCGGAGCAUGUGUCCAAAUUGGCCAGGAUUGAGAUGCUAGAGAAGGCUAGCAUUGAAGGGCUUUCUGUUAGCCUGAUUGAGGAAGAUGGACAGCCCAAUCUAGGCCUGGUGGAACCAGAUGAUAUUUGGAUGGAUGACUUGGUCAAGUAUUACAUGACCGGGAAAUUCCCUGAGGAUGAGGACAGGGUGGAGAAUGCGAACCGCACAAUAGUCGAUGGGAUCAAAAAGCGGUUGGGUGAGGCAGGAACGAAUUGGUUAGAGGAGUUGCCACAUAUCAUCUGGGCUUACCGGGUCACUUCAAGAAGGGCCACAGGGGAGACACCCUUCGUCCUUACAUAUGGGUGUGAGGCCAGACUACCCAUAGAAGCUAAAAUAAUGACCUUUCGGGAGAAGGUCCAUGAAGAGAAAGGGAAUGAGGAAAACCAUUUGGCAGAGCUAAACUUGUUGGAAGAGAGGCGGAUGGUCGCUGAGGCUAAAAUGACGGAAUACCAGCAAGCAGCCAAGGCCUACCAUGAUAACAAGGUAGGGCCUCGUUAUUUCCAAGUGGGUGAUGAGGUCCUGAGACGAAGGGAGGCUAGCAAACCCGGAGACGGGGAAAACUUGCAAAGAAAUGGGAAGGCCCAUAUAGGGUCACAGCAAUAUUACGCCUUGGGACAUACAAGUUAGAAACAAUGGAAGGUCGAGAGUUGGAAAGGUGCUGGAAUUCCCACCACCUUAGAAAAUUCUACCGAUAGGCCAAAUUGGCAGGGCAUGUAUGUGUAAUCCCCUUCGAUGAUAAAUAAGAGCUUUCUUCGAUACUUGUGUUGCUGGGUCAGUAAUACUAAAAUAAUAUGUCUUGAUGUAAAAGGCAAGGUAAAAAAAAAGAUAAACCCUU